AUGUCGAGUUCCAACAACCUCGUAGCCAUGAAAAAGGUCGUUCAGCAGCUGCGCUUCGAGGCCAGCAUAAACAGAGUAAAGGUGUCCCAAGCCGCCGCAGACCUCCAGCAGUUCUGCAUGCAGAACGCCUUGCAAGACCCACUGCUCACCGGCGUGUCAUCCAGCACCAACCCGUUCAGGCCGCAGAAGGUCUGCUCCUUUUUGUGA